AUGGUGCUGAAAGGGAUUAAUAAGGAACUUAGUGAUUUGGCCCGUGACCCUCCAGCAUACUGCUCUGCAGGUCCAGCUGGGGAUAAUAUGUUUCACUGGCAAGCCACAAUUAUGGAAGCUAAUGAAAACCCAUAUCAAGGUGGUGUAUUCCUUUUGACAAUUCAUUUUCCUACAGACUACCCCUUCAAACUACCUAAGGUUGCAUUUGCAACAAGAAUUUAUCAUUCAGACAUUAACACUAAUGGCAGCAUUUGUCUCAAUAUUCUAAGAUCACAGUGGUCUCCUCCUUUAAUCGUUUCUAACGUUCUUUCAUCCAUUUGUUCACUGCUAUAUGAUCCAAACCCAGAUGACCCCCUAGUGCCAUAGACUGCAUGGAUCUAUAAAACAGAGAGAGAGAAGUACAAAAGAAUUUCUCAGGAACGGACUCAGAAGUAUGCCAGGUAUGCUACCUUAAAGUCAGAAUAA